GAAGCAUUUAACCAUUUGUCCUGAUGGUUUACGUUCGUUCACAUCUCACUGUGUGCACGCGUGUAUUUAGCAGCGAAACCUACAGCAUGCUUCUCAGUGGAGGGUUGUUCUGCCUGUUAUAUUUCCCUCUGAUCCAAGGAAGGCAUGAGACAUUGCCCAGGGACUGGCUGGUGGGUUUAUCCCAGAGAGAUAGGUCUCUGUGCCAUUUGGUCGCCAGUGACCAUUCGGCCCACUCUUUAAGUUUCCUAGCCCGGCUCCGAGGGUUCCACGAUAGAUUAGUCCUCUUCCAAACCAGCUGGAGCUGGCAGGGUCAGCUGGAGCAAUGCAUCUUCUGGGAGGAGGAGACUAUCACUAGCACUUACCUGGCCUUUUGUCUUGAGAAGCAGGGCAAGCCACUGAGCACCGGUGCUUUCCUGCCAGAGUGGGACUCCCGCCUGGACAUGGCCCUGCGACACCCGGAGCAGUGGGCUGUCAACUGCUCCAGCCCGCUGCCCUCUGCCGCUGGCCGUGGGCUUUGGGCUGACCCGGCGUCUCCAGGCUGGCCCUCACGGGGAAGGCGGAACGCCCCCCGUGCUCCUAUGGGGAGACUCGACACCCCGGGCGAAUCCUCAUUCCUCCAGGACCAUCGGCCAGGAGUCAGGCGGAGCCGCCGGGCUUUGAUAUUUCCUGGUACCCUUUGGUGUGGCGUUGGAGAGUCUGCUGAAAACUACACCGACUUAGGAAUAUUCCAUCAGACAGACUCAUGCUGCAGAGAACAUGACCACUGUAAUCACACAUUGUCUGCUUUUGAAUACAACUAUGGAGUGUGGAACUUCAGACUGCACACAGUAUCCCACUGUAACUGCGACGAAACGUUUAGGAGAUGUCUCCUGAAUGCAAAUGAUACUAUCUCCACAAUGGUUGGAUUUUCAUAUUUCAGCAUGCUCCAUGUGCCCUGUUUUGAUUUGAAGCCGGUUGAACGUUGUGUUAAGAAGAGCCAAUGGAACCAUUGCAAUAUCACUGAACAAGUGCUGCAGGCUGUUUUUCAUUCUCAACCAAAGUACAGUUAUAUCCAGCCCAGUUUGGAUGAGUUUCAGAUGGGAUUGGAGUCUAAACCCACGGCAAGUUCUGCAGCAACCAGCAGACAGAACCAAAUAGUCACUAGCCUCUCUGCUGGACCCACUACUCGUCAGACAUUGCUAAGUUCGACCCAAAAGAUUAAAAGGAAAAACAAAGAUUGUCACGAGUGCAAAGAUGACCAGAUGCAGAAAACCGAAGUUACUUCCCAAAAUAGCUUGAUGACCACAAUGGCUACCACUAGACUGGCUUUUAACUCUAUCAUUGAACAGAACUCAAUCCCUGUUGCUAUGGAGAAAAAGGAUGGCCCUAUAAAGCUUUUGCAGAGAAAUGUCUCUAAGGCUUUAAUGAACCAAGUGAAUGGGACCAUGGCUGUUAGAUUGGAUGAAUAUAUCAGUAAAGAACAUGGUUUCACCAUUCAGGGAAGACCGAACACAACAGCCAGCUUGACCAAUAGUCUGGACUCCAUCUUAUCGGGUAAACACAUAAUCGGGCCUUUGAUAAAGCAGGAUACCAUGAAAAAUGAGGUCAAUAGCUCCUUUACUUCUGCAAGGAGAGCAUUCAACUUGAGCAGCGUUUCUAAGAACAGUAGUUCAAAAUCUUUACCAAGUGGCAGUGACAGAAAAGGCCACACACCAAGGAGUCUGCGAUGUAUGAUGGGAAACUGGAGGCAUUCUGAAAUCCUCAUCAGCUCCCCCAAUGCUCAUCAAACUCUGGAUCCAAACAGACCUCAUUCAACUGCAUUGAAAGGUAAUUCCACAGAUUGCAGCAUUUACAAACUCCUGGAUCAGUGUAAGCACAAGAUCUCUCCACAGGAAUUCAAAUUCUCAUAUUACAACGAGCAGUCCAGGACUCUCUAUCACUGUUGCUGCAUGAAGAGAUUGAAAAAUCAGAUGAAGAAAUAUGUGAAUGGGAGCGCAGUGGAGUGGCUGUUGUCUGAGUUUGUGUUACCACACUGUUUCUGGCUGAAAUCAGCACCAAGGAAUUGCAGUAACGAGGAGCCGAGGAGGUGUGAAAAACAAUCAGGUUCCCCUGUGGCUAUCCUUUCCAAGUACAAGUAUCUCAAGAGGAUUCUGCAAGGCCUUAGCAUUAUAGAUGAAUACCUCAAUCCAUUAACAGAUGAGCAAGAAAGAUACAAGAAUGGAACAUCUAAUGUCACCAAUUCCAUUAAAUUGUAUGACAAGUGUUUACAAUUGACUCAGGCUUAAAGCUUAAAGACUUUUUUUUUGCAAAUUACGCUAAAGUAAUUACUCUGUUUCAGAGCUUUGGACGAUUGCUAAAAUGCUAGUCACUGCCAAAGAGAUCAUAAUUGAAGUUACACCAGAAAGUAUGGGUUAGGAUGCCCCAGAUUGAGCUUCCAUGAGAGAGGUACAUAGGACAAAGAAGAAUUGAACAGAUGGAAUAGAGAGUGUGAGUAAGCCAAGGACUUUAUCCACCACCUCAAGACUCAAACUCUGAAAAUCUGAAUUGCAAAUCAGAGUAAUGAUGAUGUCAGAACUCAGAGGUCGACGUAUGCAUCAAUCAUAGUAACUCCUCAAAUGCGGUCUAAAGCUGAGUGAAGAAACAAUGUAACUACAUCAAGAUUUUCAAAACUAAGUCAACAGAUUUAUUGAUCUCCACUUUUCAAAAAGCUUGUCUGAGCUGCACCAGCAUCUCAUGGUUCUGCCUCACACUGAUUUCACAUCUGAUUUCACAGAUCUCUAUGUUCACUAUUCAAUGUGACUUAUAGCUGCUGCACUGUUUAACAAUUAGUGGUUCCUCAAUGCAACAGCAUCUAAUCUUUCAACUCUCUGGAGCUUCUGGGUCUAACUGCGAGUUCAACAACUUCAGAGCGAAAGCUCUACCUUCGUCUUGUUCAACGUGCGUUUUUCUCUUUUAUUUGUUUUGGUGGAUUGGUGUUGUUUAAUUUCUCUCUUUAUCUCAGCAACUCACAUUCAGAAGAUCUCUAUGUAACCCUUCAUUUCUUUCCUAUACCCAUUCCCACUCGCUUCAGCUGUUGCACAUUGAAAUCUUUUGUUAGUCACUUUCUGCUGCUCUCCACCCCAUCACUGACCUUCUCUCUUGUUCCUACUCCCUCCACACUGCCCUUGCGUGCUGUCUCUCUCUCUAUCAGGUGACAGGUCAUCUUAACCUGAAACAUAAACUCUUUCUCUUCACAGAUACAUUGUUUUUAUAUCAGAUUUCUAUUAUCCACUCUAUUUUGCUUUUGCAAAAAUAAAUUGUAUUGGAUCUUGAAGGGAAUGGUGAAGAGCCCAACAGCUAUAAAUAAAGUGAGCAUUCACUUCU